AAGAUAUAAUGAAUACGAGUCUUUGCAUAUAGAUUCCCAUUUUGGUGUUGCAAAAGAAAUACAGGGUGCCCUCGGUCGAUUUUUAAACUUAGACUCUCUCUCUCUCUCUCUCUCUCUCUCUCUAGAGUUUAAUAAAGAAACACCAUACACUAGACAUUUAAAACUCCAACAACCGAAUGCUCACUCUCUGGCAUAAAAACGCUCGUCUACUCUCGCCUUUUCUUUUUAUUAAUAAAAACUAACAAGGAGACAAACCCUCCGCUUUGAUUUCCUCAUCAGAUCUCUUCAUCCUCCAGCAGGAGCUAACCACACCCAGAAAAAUGGCACUGGAGACCACCUCCGCCGCAUGAACGCCCUACUGUUAUAUUCCCAAUCAAUCACACAAUAUAUACCUUACAUUUUUAACAUUUUUGCACUCCCAAUAAAUGAGGUGUAAGAAACAUCCCUGUGACCUCAGUAGCACCGUCGGCGUCUGCGCCUCCUGUCUCCGGGAACGCCUUAUCGUCCUCAUCGCCGCACAGGCUCAGGUUCAACAGAUACACCACCAUCCUCAAUUGGCUUGUCUCCACUCAAGCGCCGCCGUAGAUGAUAGUCGCAAAUCAGACGCUCAGCCACCUCCUAUCAUGUUCCCUCGCUCCGUUUCUCCAUACGUUGCUCGCCGGAAAUCCGACGACACCUCCUGGUCCCACCACCUCCGCUUCUACAGCACUCCCCAGAUGGGCCCCACUUACAACUCUGCCUCCACAGCAUCCGGCUUCGCCACUUCUGCAACUUGUAAAGCUAAGCCCGCCAGAUUCUCCCGUUUGUCCAAUAUGUUCAGGUCCAGAUCCGAGAAAUUUAAUCCGGAUCCUUCUGUUUCCGGUCGUGGAGUUCCUUCUAGGACUUCGUGCCAGGCAUCAUCUUCUUCGCCUUCCUGGUUGUCUGCAAUAUUUUCUGGUCGCAGGAAAAAGCAAUCUGCGCUCUUCUCUGAGCAAUAUUCGGGCGUUGUAGGUCAUAAACCACGUCGGAGGAUGGAUCGAGGAAUGUCGCCAGCGAGAGGGGCGGAUUCCGACGAUGAUUGUGAGGAUUGCAAUCGGUCUCCGUCUGGCAGUGGGUCCUCUUCGGAGUCAUCACAGGCACAGUGGUGGAAGAGGACACCAGUAGCACCAGCAGCGAUGAGGAGAGGAAAGCCGGGAAACGGCACAAACGUAUCGGGAUUAGCGUUUUGUUUGAGCCCUCUGCUGAGGGCCAGCCCUAACCGGCACUGGAACCAGAAAGGCGGAUUGCCACCCGAUAUGGGAUUCUCCGGGGAAGCGAGGGUUCCCGUGAAGCCUCAUCUGUCCGUGGCGGCGUCAUUUUACGCGAACCGGUCGCGGAAGCUAUGCGAUUUUGGAAGGGUUCAUCACAACCGUUGAGAACGGAUCAUUGACUUUGACAACGGCAAUGGUAAUAAUUAUAAAAGUACGGUUUUGGCCCUCCUAUAUUGCAGUUUUAACUUCUUUUGUUAUAUAUAAAUGUUUGAUAAAUUAGAUCAUAGAGGGAGGGAAAAGGGAAAAAAAAAAAGAAGGAAAAUGGGUGUUUGGUUUUCUCUGUACAUUAGCGAUGUUUAUUAUUAGCAGCAUAAACAAAAAGGAAGUACUAUGUAUCUUUUUUGUUGUAUAGUUUGUGAAAUAUUUACGUAUAGUGAAAUUUAAUUUUAUUGGAAAUUAAUUAUUAUA